AUUUCUCGACGGUGCACGGUGUACGCCCAGCCAUGCAAUUUCAAGAAGAUUCGCGAAUCUGCGCUUUCGUAUCUCAAAGAACGGUCUUCGCAAAUAGCGUCCAACCGGCCACGUUGGUCAUAAGCGAUGGGAAAAUACAGGAAAUAUCGUACGACACAGGUGAAGACGUUGUACGAUAUUUAUCACAGAAAUAUCCCGGCAUUCUGUUUAACGAUUGCGGCUCGUUAGUGCUGAUGCCUGGAAUAAUAGACUCCCACGUGCAUGUAAAUGAGCCCGGAAGAACCGAAUGGGAAGGAUUUCACACCGCUACACGAGCGGCCGCGGCUGGCGGUGUCACCACGAUCGCGGAUAUGCCUUUGAAUUCUAUUCCGCCCACCACCACAUUGGAUAAUCUCAAAGCUAAGGCGAGGGAAGCGUACGCGAAAGCGUUCGUAGACGUUGCGUUCUGGGGUGGCGUGAUACCAGGAAAUCAGCACGAAUUACGAUCGUUAAUUGACGCAGGUGUAGUCGGUUUUAAGUGCUUCUUAUGCCCGAGCGGAGUCGACGAAUUUCCACAUGUCACUGUGGACGAUGUGAAGAAAGCUUUUUUGGAAUUACUGCCUACGAAAACUGUGCUGGCGUUUCACGCAGAGUACGAGCGAGAUGAAAAAACGAAUUCGUUAACUGGCGAUCCAGAAUUAUAUGAUACUUUCUUGCGUAGUCGACCCGACUUCAUGGAACUCGAUGCCGUAAAAUUAAUUUGCGACUGGUGCAUAAAAUAUAACUUUCGAUGCCACAUAGUGCAUUUGUCAAGUGCGGAAUGUUUGACAUUAAUAAACGAUGCCAAGGCUCGUGGUGCGCCUUUAACCGUGGAAACGUGCUAUCACUAUCUGACACUGACCGCGGAAGAGAUACCGGCAGGUUCCACUGAAUUCAAGUGUUGCCCGCCAAUCAGGAAAAAAAGUAAUCGAGAACAAUUGUGGCACGGUGUUAAAAGCGGAACGUUAGAUAUGAUUGUCUCGGAUCACUCUCCCUGUGUACCGGAAUUGAAAACUUGCGGAAAUUUUUUGACCGCUUGGGGCGGUAUCUCCUCGUUGCAAUUCGGAUUAUCGCUGAUAUGGACAGCCGCGAGAACGCGAGGCAUACGGCUUUCCGAUAUCUCGAAGCUGUUAAGCAGUCAGCCCGCAAAGCUAUGCGGUCUCGAAGAUCGCAAAGGUGAUUUAUCGGUUGGCAUGGACGCGGAUUUCGUUAUUUGGGAUCCAGAUGAAUCUAUUAAAAUCGAGGCAGAUGACAUUUACCACAAGAAUAAAUUGACACCGUACAAAGGAAAGGUCCUGUUUGGAAAAGUAAUCGUAACUGUCCUUAGAGGACGAUUUGUUUUCAACGAAGGAAAGAUUUGCGACAAACCUAUGGGCAAAUUACUGCUAAAUGCAAAUAUUUUACAAACGAUAGAAACCCAGUAAAUUCCCUAGCUAUAUUUUGUUUCAGCGCUCAAUCUUUAUGGACCUUUUCAUGAUUUAAUAUCGAUCAUUAAUUAUAAAGAAAAAAAGAGCAAUAAUAACAAAUUAUAAAGAA